UAUAAAUUUAAAUAACAUAAAUUAAAAGUUUUUUAACUCAGUGUAAAAGCUAAAAACACUUUUAAAAUGUAAAAAGAGGGCGUGCUCACUUCAAGUGUCAGACAUGAAAACAAAUGAUGAAGAAAGAGGAAAGAUUGUAAAAACAAAAAUAGUAGAUCAAAACAUAAUAUGUCCAAUAAUGAUGUGCAUAUUGCUCGUACUCAGCAGCGGAUGAUGGUUGCUUCUGAAAAAAACCAUCGUUCCUGCUUGGGCCCACAUAGAACUAAAAAUACGCAAGAGAAUAGCCAACAUGACGAAUAUUAUCUAUUUGGUAGUGUAUCUCCACGUUGUGGACAUGCUAAACUGAUAGGAGAUGUCAUCGAAUCACCAGAUCAGCGAGAUACCAAUGAAAGUGAUAAUAAUAUUAGUUCGUGUUCUACAUUAGAUAUUGUAAAUAAGGUAGAGAAUUUAACGCAAACCCACCUUGAGAAGCAAGUUGUAGAACUUUCACAACGUCUUCAGCAAGCAGAACAGCAGAGAUCUGAUGUGCAACGUCAAUUUGAGGAAUGCAAAAAUGAAAGAGACUUGUGCUUGAGACGGUUAGAAGUUGUGAGCACGGCACAUGAAUGUAGAAUUACUGAAAUGCACUGCGUGAUUGCUGAACUAAGUAAAAAGUUGCGAGCUAAACAAGAUAGUACUAUUUUAGAAGAGCAGGAACCUGAAGGCAGUGAAAUAAGUUAUCAAGAAGGGUCGAUUUAUAAUUCUGAACUUAAUUUGACAAAUCCUGAUGCAGAAUGUCAAACGGAUCCCGUUGAUGGCGGAGCAAUAUCAAAUCACGAUCUUCGUUUUAGUGGAGAAAAUGCCGGUAGCGAAUUUCACGAGGAAGUAAAACUGAAUGAUACUGUCAACAAAGGGCAACUUGAGGCCUUACAGGAGGAGGUGCUACAUUUAAGAGCACAGAUUGCAUUGUUACAAUCAGAAAUUGCUAAUACUGCAAGUGUGACCCAAGAAGUUAUAGAAGAGGAUCAAAGUAUUGAAGUUUAUGGUGAAGACGUUGAAGCAAAUCAAAGUAGUUGUUCCAUGGAUCGAUAUUAUCAAAACUUAAAAGGCGAAGAAUUUGUGCAAAACUGUGUUGUUAACAAUGAAUCAGAAUUUGUAGCAACCUUUACGCAUUGCGAACUCAGUACUAAAAAGGCUCUACCAGUUCCUAAAAUGGCUGAACGUGUAAAACUCAGAUGUGCUACCAAAUGCGAAAACUUUGCAAUUACUGACUCAGCAAAAAGCGAAUUAAAUAAUAUUGACUUUGUUGAGCACUUGGUUUCCGAUUUAAAGCAAAGCAGUGUGUUGAAGAGUUUUAUGGAAUCAUCUGAAUUCGAAAAUGAACUACAACAACUUCAGCGUAAAAUUGAGCAUCUCAAAAUCCGGAAUACUGUACUCACACUUACCUUGGAGGAAUGUAAGGAACAUUGUGAGCAUUUAUAUUUACUUUGUGGUAAAUAUGAAUCAAAUGCAAUUGCAUUACAGACUGCUCUUAACUGCAGUGAUCGUGCAAUAGAAGCUUAUGAUGUAAUGUUAGCUUUGUUAGAAAGCAGACUGGGCUUGAUAAUGGACAAUUCUGCAGGUGCUGAAGAUAGUCGAAAAGCUGUAGAGCUAGUAGCUCGACAUCUAUUAGACCGACUGGAAAGCGAGAAGGAUUUAUGUGAAAAUAGUUUAGGUCCAUGGCAAAAUACUUUUAGCAUACCUGAUAAGAUUUGUACAUCAUGGACGCAAGAAGACGACAACCGCUUACGAUACCAUGUUUCAAAAUUAAAGGGCCGACGUUCAACCGUACAAAAUACAAUCGUAAAUUUAGAAUCUCCAUUCAGUGAUUUUGAAAAAUUUCGAGUGGCAGUCGACAGUGAUGAAUGUUUGAAAAAACAAGAUAAACUGGGACACAUUGAUUUAGAAAUGGCUUUAUUAACACAAGAAGUCUUAAAUAUCCGGGAGGAAAAUAUUGGUUUGAAGGUCAAAGUUGAGGAAGCGAUUAAAGAGCGACAAGUUGCCAUUCGUAAAAUUGAAAUUUUACAAAAUGCUUUAGAACAUAUGCAGCUCCAAUUAAAAUUAGCCACCGAUUCUUUUAAGGAACAAAAUAACGCAAAUCGAGUUUCAUAUUCAGAAAAUGAACAUUCUGCACUUGUGGAGCAACAAUUGGUCGAAGCUUUGGGUAGAGAAUCCGAACUCAAAAAUCGCAUUCAAGUUUUAAUCGCAUCGCAAAAAGCCUUUGAUGAAAAAUUUAAGGAAUUGCACAACAACAAAAAAGAACUUGUAAAAUCUAACUUAAAUUUAACACAAUUACUUGAAGAAAGUAUACGAAAAGACCGUACACGUAAAUUAGAGCGAAGAAUUACGGAAUUUAAUUAGCAAUAAGUCUGAGAUCGAGAUGUAGUCUAACAAAGAUAAUCUGCAAAUAAGAUUACAAAACAAAAACGAAUAUCGUGUAACAUAAUUUAUUUAUUGGUGUAUGCGUAGCUUCAGCCAACACAUUUUUUUAUUUAUAAAUCUCAAAAUAAUGCGGUGCAUAAAAUCACUAAAAUCACAAAUGUGCCAUUUGAUUUGCAAGAGAGACUUUUCCGUCUAGUUAUUCUUGCGAAUUUAUCAAGUGCGCGGGUUGUCUUUUCUUUAUCAA